AUUAUUGCAUUCGCACGCCUUUCAAAGAUUAUUUAAAGCUGUAUCUCUAGCUCUCAAUUUUGUAGCUACACCUAAAACUUUUUUAACAGAAUACCGCUCUAAAAACGUCAAUAUUUCUAUUCAUAUCCACCCAAUCUUUCUCUGACAGCAGCAUACUUCUCUAAACACCUCAAUAUCACCUAAUACUUUUCUAACAGCAUUAUACUGCUCUAAGAACCUCAGCAUGCAGCUUUCGAUCUACAUGGUUUCUGCUGUAUUAGCCGCUGUUGCUACGGCCAAACAAUGCACAACCUCAUUUGGAACAGGAGAGUGUAGUGGAGCAGGUUCUAUUUGCCUUGCUACCAAACCUCAAUUCAGUGAAUCCUGCCCCAAUGACAUAGGAUGCACAACCUCAUCUGGAUCAGGAGAGUGUGGGGCAGGUAAGAUUUGCCUUGUUACCAAGGCUAUGCCCAGUAAUGACUGCCCGUAAACACUGUCUGGUGACAAGGGCGGUCGUGUGGGAACUAAAACCGACGGGGGAGCGGACAGUAGGAGAGUUGGAGCAGCAACCAAAAGAACGACUGAAGAAUGGAAUGUGGUCGGGACCAACGCAGCUGAGGCGGAAAGGAGAAAAUAUGGACAAGUCAAGCCUGGCUGCCACACGAUGUGGUUAAAGCCAUUGCUGCAGGAUGGAAGAAACCGGAGGAGUUACGUCCGGGCCUGGCGUUGACCGGGCCAUUAUCUCUUCUAUGCAGCCUGAGAAUAGUUGAAUGCUGCCUAGCGCUGAAUACUUAGCUACGCCUACUGUAAAAGCGCAUGCGGGCAACCCGGAGCUGAUUCGUCAAAGUGACAGGGAAUGUUGCGCAACCCUCACUCAACCUUGUCCCUCCUCCUUCAGCUCCGCUCAAACCCCCAUCCCCAUGGAUGGUCGCCUACCGAGUUUGUAGUU